UUUAGUUCAAUUGCAGAUACAACUCUGUUUAAGAAUACUAUCAUGCCUAGUGAAGCCUUAGUCAAGCAGAUCUUUUCAGUAGCUUCUUUUGUGAUACUUCUAGUGUCAUUGGGAGCUGCUGGUACUUCUCUUGGUCUACUUCAGGCUAACACUGAUAAUGGGGUAAGAUGCUUUUUCUUCGUUUCUUAUACUCAAGCUAUGAACACAAGUCUGGUGAAUUAUAAUGUACCCACUUGUAAGUUGGGUAUAGCAAGUGCUACCAUUGCCAUCAUAUGUCUGGCUCUGCUAACUGCCAUUGAGCUAUUCAGUCUUUUAUUUGAAAUAAAUGCAAAAACGUUGAUUGCUAAGAUUCUCCAAAUUGGAUUCUUUUCUGGUUCUAUUUUGUUUCUAUUCAUUACCACAGUGGUGGUUUCAGCUGGUUGGGGAAAGACCUGUGCUACAAACAAAAAUAUAACAAAAACUGGUGCUGAUACUUAUUUUGACUGCACUGGACCACAAUACCUCUCUGGUCUUGGACCUUUGGCACCAAAUGGUGCAGAAAUCAUAACUGCAGCCGCAUUUGCUGGUAUUGGUGUUCUGUUAACUAUUGUAGCUCUUGUUCUCUUUAUUGUAAAGCAGAUGAAGUCAAAGACUAAUUAUGGAAAUCUUACUCCAAAUAACUGAACACAACUAGAACUAACCAUUUAUUAGUGACUUUGAUUAUUGCUGAUCUCUUUUCUUCUUUUAAAAAUAUUGAGCCAGUGUAUUGUAUAAAUAAUAUAGACUAUACUUGAAGCAAACUAUAUUUAGUCUUAUCUAAGAUUUUUGAGUA